GUGAUGACUUAAAGUCUCUAAGAGAAAUAUUUGGAAAUAUUUUGUGAAUCAUAAAAAAAUAUAUAAUUUAGUGUUUUAUAGCAUUUUUAAAGUUAUGGGUUCGUCACAUAGUGUAGAAAUUCCUGGCGGUGGUACUGAAGGCUAUCAUGUUUUGAGAGUUCAAAAUAAUUCGCCGGGUUCUAAAGCUGGUUUAGAAGCUUUCUUUGAUUUUAUCGUUGCCAUUGGGACUACAAGACUUGAUCAGGACAAUGAUACCUUAAAGGAGCUUCUUAAAACUAACAAGGAGAAGGAAAUUCGAGUGACUGUUUACAGCAGUAAAACUCAAAAUGUUCGUGUUGUUAAUAUUACACCAUCCGAAACAUGGGGAGGACAAGGAUUGUUGGGAGUUUCAAUUCGUUUCUGUAGUUUUGAAGGAGCAAAUGAAAAUGUUUGGCACAUUCUUGAAGUUCAUCCAUCUUCACCGGCAGAAGCUGCUGGUUUGAGAUCAUUCAGUGAUUACAUCAUUGGAGCUGAUUCGAUUCUUCAUGAAAGUGAAGACUUGUUUACGUUGAUAGAAACACACGAAGGAAAGCAACUCAAACUUUAUGUUUACAAUUGUGAUGAAGACCAAUGUAGAGAAGUCAUCAUCACUCCUAACUCGAAAUGGGGAGGAGAAGGGAGCUUAGGUGCGGGUAUUGGAUUUGGCUAUUUACAUAGGAUUCCAGUAAGAAUCACGAAUGCUGCUUAUAAUCAAUCAGCGCCUUUAUUAGAAAAUCAAACGACAACAACAUCGUUCCCCGUCACGACAACAAGUGUACCAACAAUGGCUCCACAAACAAUAAAUCCUCCACAACCAAUACCAUUUAUUCCAAUGGUUCCGCCACUUGCUAACACAUUCUCGACUGCAUUUCAACCAAGCGUAACUUCAGCUCUUGUUGAAAAUUUGAUAAACAACAAUCCGACACCAACAACUCUUAGUUCAACUGCACCAACGGUUGUCACUUCAAGUGCUACGAGUUUACCAAUCGAAACAAAGACAAGUGCAAUUGAUAAUACUUUGGCAGCAAAUGCAGCAAGUCAGCUUUUCAUUUCGCCACCAAAUGCUUCUAAUGAGCUGAUCAAAAAUGAGCAAAAUGUCAUUCAACCACCAUCAAGCAUCCCAGCAAUCUAUCAAAGUCAAACUGUUACUCCACCAACUGCUGUCAACCAACAAUUUGUGCAAUCUGAAACAACAUCAUCAACAGCUGCGACUCCUGCUUAUAACGUCCCGAUGUAUAACAUGAGUCAAUUCAAUCAACCAAUGCUACAGCCUGGAAAUUAUCCUUCAGCUUCAAUACCAUCUCAGCCACAAGCAGAUGCACUUCAACAAGCAUUUGCUCCAACUCCAAUGACAACAAAUUUCAAUGUUUCUGAUUCCAAUAGUAAUCAAAAUUAUCAACAAUUUCAACCAGCAAGUUCACAAUUUAAUGUGUCUACAAUGCCGCCACAAAUACAAACAUUUGACGCGUAUCCACAAGUUCAAACUCAAAUAAAUUUACAAGGUUUGCCUCCUCUUACGGUCAACACACCGCGCAUUGAUCCAACUAAGUAUUCUUAAGUUUCAAUCUUUUUUUCCUAUCCCAUCAUCUACUAAUUUCUUUAAAGAGAAACAGAAAUUGUUUAAAAAUCUUCGGACUUUCGUAAAAUUUAAAAAUUUCUUAUUAAAUAUUCUUUAGAGCAAGUCCUUUAAUAAAAUCAUAUCUAAGCAAGAAUAAACGUUUAAUUUCACUUGGAU